AGUGCAGCCGGGCGGCGCUGCGACCCGGUGUCGGUGCCGUCUGCGGCUGCGCGGGAUCUGGGCGAGCGUCCAGUCCCGGCUGCUGUGCCGGAGCGAGCGUCGGACGGGCAGGCUGUUGUGCUGGCCGCUCGAGCUCGGCUGUCCGAGUGCGGACGCCGCGGGGGAAGCCGGAGGAGCAGCCCGGCGCUUCGUUUGGCUUUGGUUGGAAAAGGAACUUAGCCUAUAUGUACUAUUUUAACCACUGGAAGAAUGACAGAUGACAAAGAUGUGCUUCGAGAUGUGUGGUUUGGACGGAUUCCAACUUGCUUCACUCUGGGCCAGGAUGAAAUAACUGAAAGGGAGGCUGAACCAUACUAUUUGCUAUUGCCAAGAGUAAGUUAUUUGACGUUGGUAACUGACAAAGUGAAAAAGCACUUUCAGAAGGUUAUGAGACAAGAAGACAUUAGUGAGAUAUGGUUUGAAUAUGAAGGCACACCACUGAAAUGGCAUUACCCAAUCGGUUUGCUGUUUGAUCUUCUUGCAUCAAGUUCAGCUCUUCCCUGGAACAUCACAGUGCAUUUUAAGAGUUUUCCAGAAAAGGACCUUCUCCACUGUCCGUCUAAGGAUGCAAUCGAAGCUCAUUUUAUGUCUUGUAUGAAAGAAGCUGAUGCUUUAAAGCAUAAAAGUCAAGUAAUUAAUGAAAUGCAGAAAAAAGAUCACAAGCAGCUCUGGAUGGGAUUACAAAAUGACAGAUUUGACCAGUUUUGGGCCAUCAAUCGAAAACUCAUGGAAUAUCCUGCUGAAGAAAAUGGAUUUCGUUAUAUCCCGUUUAGAAUAUAUCAGACAACGACUGAGCGGCCUUUCAUUCAGAAGCUGUUUCGCCCUGUGGCUGCAGAUGGACAGCUGCAUACACUAGGUGACCUCCUCCGGGAAGUGUGUCCUGCUGCAGUUGCUUCCGAAGAUGGGGGAAAAAAGAAUCAAGUAAUGAUUCAUGGAAUUGAGCCAAUGUUGGAAACUCCUCUCCAGUGGCUGAGUGAGCACCUGAGCUACCCGGAUAACUUUCUUCAUAUUAGUAUCAUCCCUCAGCCGACAGAUUGAAGGAUCAGCUGUUUACCGGAAUGGAAUCAUCCAAAGCUGACCGGGAGCGUGUCACCCCUGAGCUUCAGACAGUUCAGUGGAGGCACCCUGACCAGAAACACUUGGUUGCUGUGAGCCAAACAGGAAAAAGAUUCCCUGUGAGAUAAGGCACAGGGCCGAGCUGUCUGUGCAUCAGCACUGCUUUCCUCCACUGCCGUCAUGAAACCUCAGCUGCAACAGGACCACUGCAGGCCUUCUGUGUUCUGGAACCUUUGGCCUGAGAAGAAAGUGGAAAUCUGUGCCACUCGGUGUGUAUUUCUGAUGAAGCAGUAAACAGGGUAUUUCCUAAGGUGGCCAUGGUUGAACUUUAGCUCCAGAGAGUGGAAACAUUUGGUUCAAUUUUCAAGAGAAUUAGACUUAAGAAAGUAAAAGAGAAAUUCUGUUGUCAAUAACUUGCAGUAAUUUUUUGUAAAAGAUCGAAUUACAGUAAACCCGUUUUUUCCUUAAUGAAAAUUUCCUAUGUUUACAGUCUGUCAAUUGGUAUGCAAACAAUCUUGUAACUUUGAUAAUGAACAGUGAGAGAUUUUUAAAUAAAGCCUCUAAAUAUGUUUUGUCAUUUAAUA